AUGGGUAAACGUUUUUCGGAAUCGGCAGCGAAAAAAGCAGCUGGAAACCAGCGUAAGAAAGAACAGGCUCAUGCCAAGGAGAAAGCUCAUAGGAGUGCAUUAGAAGCCCAAGAAGCUGCCAAAUGGGAGCAAGGAGCGGACACAGGUAACCCAAAGAAACUGUUAGAAGAACAGAAAAAACAGGAGAGACUGAGGGCAAAGAAGGAGCGUGACGAAAUGCUGGCAGCAGAAGAAGCCUCUUUGGGCAAAGGUGGUAAGGGCAAAUGA